AAUUUCAACUGAACUUCAUUUCAAUUUUGCAUUAAAACAUUUAGAGUCAAUCGGUCAACAGUUACAUACUCUUACACUUACACUUUCUACCCUGUUCAUGAUCAUUGACUGGGCCAGGGUAUUGCUGUGUCUCGGCACAGCUUUACCUCACAUUUUUAACACAACUUACACAUUUUUUUACAUCAUCAUCAUCCUAAAUAACCAAAAUUAAAACAAUACAACAUUGGGUUAGCAUCAAUAGAAACCGAAGUACCCAAAAGAUUGAAUUAGAUUUCAUUUUCUGGGGAAAGCAUUUGCAGGCAGCCAACUUCAAAUUGCAUCAUUUAUAAUAAGACACGAAGAAACCAAGCAGAUCGAGAAUUUUCCCAAAGAUGUAUGAAGAUAAAAGCCUUAAGAAAAUGAAAAAUAUUGACCAAUCGAAUUAUUCCGAACGAGGACCGAAAAAUUUCAAGAAGUCGAAGAUAUAAUGGAUCCUGAAUUAACUGUAACAACCAAAGAAUCAACUUCAAGCUAGAUACAACGAGAAAAAUGGAAAAAUUGAAUCAGAUUGAAAAUUAGAAUUGGAUAUGAAUGGCAACUGUGAUAAAUAAUUGUGUUUGUGUGUUUUUAUAUAGUGCGCGAGUGUGUUUAUAUAGUGCGGGAGUAUGAAGUAUAGUGUUUUAAAAUAAUCAACAACUAUUUAGAAGUACAGAAGACAGAAGACUGAAAAUAAAUGGAAUUGGAUACAUCUCAGAAAGAGAAAUGAAAUAAAAAUGGAAAUGGUUAAAUGCUGAUAUCAACUUAUAGUGAUGUGUUGUGAAUUAUUAAUAGUGUGCGAGUGUUGAAGUAUAUUGUGCGGGCCGUUAUACAAGUGUUAGUGCGAGUGCGGGAGUGCCGUGAAAUAUUUAAUAAUUUUUUUACAGAUCAACAGUUUGCACGAUUGCACGAAAAGUCAAUACAAAGUCACUGUUUGAAAUAGUCAUAUUGCACGUUGUUAUUUUUCGUUUUUGAAUGCGAAACAAGAAGAUUCUUCCAUCCGAGGACUAAGAUGAGAUGAGGCGUUCUUUUGAUAUAAGGCACAUUUCAAAAGAAGUUGAGAAGAAGCCGAAGAAGUAAAUGUGAUCCGUCCACGCCGAGGUCGAUCCUGAGUCUCGGCUCUGCUAUCUUUCCGCCUUUGUGGGUCAGGGCCUGAUGUGUAUACCCAUCAAGGAAUGGUUCCUACCCUCGCAAAGCUGGAAAGAAACUGAGCUGAAGAAAAGGCCGAUUUGGAGCAGUUCCAUCCACGCCGAACUCCAUCCUGACGUAUCCAGCUUCUCAGCGAGACAAGCCUUUGGGGGUCAGGGCUCGAUGUGUAUACCCAUCAAGGAAUGGGCUGCUGCCUCCAGGGGAAUGAACAGCCGCCAAGAUGCUGAGGAGUUGGAUGAUGACAUCAUAUCCUUAGAUAUGAAGAUGAGGUUUCAAGUAUAGAGGGCAAGGGGCAUAAACACGUACACAAAUUAUGAAUUUUUAAUUGCUUUAAUAUUUUUGUUUGUUUUUCUUAGUUUUUCCAAAAGAACUUCUAUGCUAGAAGACGAAUUAUUGUAAUCGAAGAAGUCACAUUCAACAGAGCAAAUAAAUUGAUCAACAAAUCUUAGAAUGAGAUUCAGAAUCCAGAAGACAAUCUUAAAUCGAAUGAAAUGAAUAUGGGAAUGGGAAAAUUGAAGAUAAAAAGUUAUUUAAAUUGAAAAGCAAACAUGGACCAGCCAGUUUUCAAUGGGAAACGAAUAAAAUGGUAAACAGAAUCUACACAUUACAUAUCACAUUUUCAACGUAUCAACUUCUGUGCAGUGUUGUUCAUAAUUACUAAUGCGCGAGUGUUGCAAUAUAGUGCGCGAGUGUUGAAUUAUAGUGCGGGAGUGAAAAUCGAAUUUCAUCAGUUUUUACACUUGCAUACAUACACACAUACAGUCACACUUUUUGCCUUGUUCAUGAUCAUUGACGGGGUUCUUGGGUAGUGGUGUGCUUCGGCACAUCUUACCUUACAUUUUAACACAAUCACCAACACAUACACAUUAUCAUAAAUAACAUAUAUAUUAGUGCAGUGCAGUGAAGUGAGUGAGUAGUGUUCAAAUAUAAUAUACAAAACCCCAGAAGAAGGAUAAUAGAUAUUGAAACUAGGAAUUUCAUCAUCAACUGAAAAUGGAUAUGAAUAAAUCUCAGAAGGAGAAAUGGAAUGAGAAUAGAAAUUAUGAAAUGCUGUGUAUUGUAGUGCGCGAGUGUUGUUUCAUAGUG